AUGGGUACGAAACAGAGCUCUAUAGGGGGCCCCGUGUCCCGCUCCACCGAGACAGCACAGCUGGACACGGUGCUGACCGUUUCUUCCAAAUCGGAGUAUCAGAAAUCAAAGGACUGGAAACUCUGGCAAGUGCUCGCGAAGGCCUCGAAGAAGUUGGACUCUUUGGGAGUUGAGACCAGAGGCAUAGAGAGAAUUGAGCCGUGGGAGCGUUCUACCAGUAAGGUAAAACAGUUCAUCUCCGUGGUGGGAUUGUGGCUCUCCGGGUGUGGAGGGUUGAGUUCUAUGUCUUCGUUCUACUUAGGGCCUUUGGUGUUUGGAUUGGGGUUGAAAAACUGCUUGAUUGCAGGGUUCUUGGGAGAAACGUUGGGGUGUGCCAUCGCUGCUUACUGUGCCAUGAUGGGCCCCCGUUCUGGGUGCAGACAGAUGGUCAGCGCUCGGUUUUUGUUCGGAUGGUGGUUUGUUAAGUUGGUGUGUUUGGUGAGUAUUGUGGGUGUCAUGGGAUGGUCAGUAGUCAACAGUGUGGUGGGUGGAGAGAUUUUGGCAAGUAUGAGUAACGGGAAGGUCAGCUUGCCUGUGGGGAUUGUCAUCAUCGCCGUUCUCUCGCUUCUGGUGGCCAUCUUUGGGAUCAGACAGCUCUUGCGUGUUGAGACCUACCUCAGUUUGCCUGUCAAUAUCGCUUUCUUGUUGUUGUAUGUCGUUUCUUCCCAGAAAUUUGACCAUUUGACCUGGGAAGACGCCAUCACAGACCCUGCCUCCAGGCGUGGAAACUGGUUGACGUUCUUUUCGUUGUGCUACGCUAUCACAUCUACCUGGGGUUCAAUUGCCUCCGACUACUAUAUCUUGUUUCCCGAGAACACUGGCGACUUGCACAUUUACUUUUUGACAUUCUUCGGAAUCUGGAUUCCCACCACCUUCGUGGGGCUUGCAGGUACGUUAAUUGGCAAUGUGGCUUUGACCUAUGAGCCAUGGGGAGAUGCCUAUGCCAAGUACGGAAUGGGUGGCUUGUUGAACGAAGCCUUCAAACCUUGGGGUGCUGGUGGUAAGUUCCUCCUAAUUUUGAUCUACCUUUCGUUGAUUUCCAACAAUAUCCUCAACACCUACUCUGCUGCGUUCGGAGUGCAAUUGGCAGGCCGUGGCUUCGCCAAGAUUCCAAGAUGGUUGUGGGCGUUCGUGUUGACUGCCAUUUACUUUGUCUGUGCACUUGUUGGUAGAAACAAGUUUGCAACGAUUUUGGGUAACUUCCUCCCUAUGGUGGGGUACUGGAUCCUGAUCUAUUUUAUGCUCUUGCUCCAGGAAAACCUUAUUUUCAGAACCGACCGGUUCAUUCACUUGUACACGAAGGAAUUUGCUGAGGUUGGCGAGGCCAGGAAUAUUCACCUCUAUACCUCCAGAAAGCAGCAUUACAACUUUGCUAUCUGGAACGACUACGACAAGCUCACUCGCGGGAUCGCUGCGACUGUGUCGUUUUUAAUUGGAGCUGUCGGUGCUGCUGUUGGUAUGGCCCAGACCUACUGGACAGGACCAGUCGCCAGACGUAUAGGAGGCGAAGAGGGCGGUGGUGACAUCGCAAUGUGGUUAUGUAUGGGUUUUGCAGGUUUGGUGUACCCUUUCCUCAGAUACUUCGAGCUUAAGAAGUUUGGACGUUAG